AUGGAGCUCCCACCAGGUGCUAAGAAGGGUCUUGAGGAGACCAAGGUUGAGUACGUCAAGCUUGGCUCCUCGGGCCUUCGUGUCUCAGUCCCCAUACUCGGCGGCAUGGGCUUCGGCGACAAGCAAUGGCAGCCUUGGGUGUUAGACGAGGAAGAGUCGCUCAAAGUGCUGAAGGCCGCCUUUGACAAGGGCAUCAACACCUGGGACACGGCGGACAUGUACUCGAACGGCUACGCCGAGGAGGUCAUGGGCAACGCCAUCACGAAGCUCAAGAUCCCGCGCGAGAAGCUCGUCAUCAUGACCAAGUGCGCGUUGUACGUUGGGGAGGAGCCGAACAUGUUCACGCCUGCUCUGGGGGCGCAGCUCAGCUUGAGCAAGGACUAUGUCAACCGAGGAGGGCUGUCGCGAAGCGCCAUCUUCAAAGCCGUAGACGCCUCGCUCGCGCGUCUCCAGACAUCGUACAUCGACCUCUACCAGAUCCACCGCUUCGACCCGGAGACGCCCAUCGAGGAGACGAUGAAGGCGCUGCACGACCUCGUCCAGGCGGGCAAGGUGCGGUACAUUGGCGCGAGCUCGAUGUGGGCGACGCAGUUUGCGCGCAUGCAGUUCGUGGCCGAGAAGAACGGCUGGACCAGGUUCGUGAGCAUGCAGAACCUGUACAACCUGCUCUACCGCGAGGAGGAGCGCGAGAUGAUGCGCUUCUGCAAGGAGACCGGCGUGGGCAUCAUCCCGUACUCGCCAAUGUUCGGGGGCCAGCUGGCCCGGCCGCUGGGCACGGGGGAGACGGUCCGCGCGAAGACGCCGUCGCCGGUGGGGAACAACAUGUCUGAGGCCGACCAGGAGAUCAUCCGCAGGGUCGAGAAGUUGGCGAAUGACAAGGGCUGGAACAUGGGCCAUGUGGCAUUGUCUUGGCACAGAAGCAAAGGUGCGAUUCCUAUUGUCGGGUUCAACUCGACUAGCAGGAUAGAUGAGGCGUGUGAGCUGCGCGGGAAGGUCUUGACCCCCGAGGAGGUGAAGUACCUCGAGGAGGCGUAUGUGCCAAAGAACGUCAUGGGACACUACUAG